UUUUUUUUUUUUUUUUUGGUUCUUUUUUUCGGAGCUGGGGACCGAACCCAGGGCCUUGCGCUUCCUAGGUAAGCGCUCUACCACUGAGCUAAAUCCCCAGCCCAAUAGAAUCACAUCUUAAGGUCUGCACUUGAGCAUCAGCACCACAGAUACGCAUAUCUGCUACAGUUUAUGACUGUUGAAAACCAUGGAUCUGCAGGUGGGGUGUGAAAAAAUAUUUUUGUAAGAGGAAAAGAUAUCUUAGUUAAAAGUGUCAUAAAGAAAUGUUGGGCCUUCCUCCUUGGCGCUGCCUGCGACGUGGCUGCCAUCUGUUUUAUGGCAUCAUGGCUACCCUUCUGUGUCUAGUGAAGCCCAAGAUCGUCAAAAAGAGGACCAAGAAGUUCAUCAGGCACCAGUUGGACCAAUAUGUGAAAAUUAAGCGAAAAUGGUGGAAACCCAGAGGCAUUGAGAACAGGGUGCGGAGAAGAUUCAAGGGCCAGAUCCUGAUGCCCAACAUUGGUGACGGGAGUAACAAGAAAACCAAGCACGUGCUGCCUAGCGGCUUCCGGGAGUUUCUGGCCCACAAUGUCAAGGAGCUGGAAGUGCAGCUGAUGUGCAACAAAUCUUACUGUGCUGAGAUUGCUCACAGUGUGUCCUCUAAGAACCGAAAAGCCACUGUAGCAAGAGCAGCACAGCUGGCCAUCAGAGUCACCAAUCCCAAAGCCAGGCUACGCAGAGAAGAAAAUGAAUAGAUGACUUGUGUGCCUGUUUUGUGUUCAAAUAAAACCACCAAAACUGCCAAAAAAGGGAAAAGGGGGAAAAAAAAGAAAUGUUGGGGGCUGGAGAGAUGGCUCAGCGGUUGGGAGCACUGACUGACUCCAGAGGUCCUGAGUUCAAUUCCCAGCAACCACAUGGUGGCUCACAACCAUCUGUAAUGGGAUCCAAUGCCUUCUUCUGAUGUGUCUGAGGAUAACUACAGUGUUCUCAAAUAAAAUAAAUAAUUCUUUCAACAAAAAAAAAAAAGAAAGGAAAGAAAAAUUAAAAAAAAAAAAAAGAAAGAAAUAUUGGGCAUGGUAGCACUUGCCUUUAAUUCCAGCACUAGAGAGGCAGAGGUAGAAGCAGGCAAGAAUCUCUGUAAAUUCAAGGCCAGCCUGGUCUACAUAAGAGUUCCAGACCAGCCAAGACUACAGAGUGAGACCAUGUCUUAAAACAAUAUCAACAAAUGUCCCCUAAAGGCCUAUGUGUUUAAGGCUUGGUGGUCCUCAGCUUAGCACUACUGGGAGGUGGUGAACAUUAAGAAGUGGGUACUUGGGGCUGGAGAGAUGGCUCAGAGGUUAAGAGCACUGACUGCUAUUUUAGAGGUCCUGAGUUCAAUUCCCAGCAACCACAUGGUGACUCACAACCAUCUGUAAUGGGACCCAAUACCCUCUUUUGGUGUGUCUAAAGAGAGUGACAGUGUAGUCACAUAUGUAAAACAAAUAAAUUAAAAAAAAAAAAAAAAGAAGUUGGUACUUUCAGGUCACUGGAAGAAGGUGCCUUUGAAGGAGAGUGUGGGACACUGGACUCUUUCUUCACUUUCUGGUCAUGAGACCCUACCAAUAUGCUCCCACUGUGAUAUAUUAGUCAUAGAGAGGAAACUCCAAAACUACUAGUCAAAUGAUUCUUUUCUCCUUAUGAGUUGAUUAUAUCCAAUAUGCUGCUCUAGAAACAGCAGGAACUUAGGAUAGUUAUAAUAAAUAUGAAUAUUACCUUACUAAAGCUUUAAGUCAAAGUCCACCACAACAGCAAUUUAACCUCACUUUCAUCCUAGAAUUACUGUUUUGUUGAAGACACUUAAAAGAAGCUAAACAUCACAUUAAAAAUCAUUCUAAGCCAGCACACACCUUUAAUCCCAGCAAUGGGGAGGCAGAGGCAAGGAGAAUCUGAGUUAGAGGCCUGCCUGGUCUCUAACAAUUCCAGGAUAGCUAAGGCCACACAGAGAAACUCUACCUUGAAUCCAAAAGAAAAUAGAAAGAAAAAAAAAAAAA